AUUGUAACAUCAACAUCCUAUCCUAGUCGACUGACAAACAAAACAGAGCCAGAGCAAAGGCCGUGACAGUAGCUUCUUUAACUAAACUUAAACAGGGGAGGCAAAAUUCCCCAUUUUCUUAACUAUUAUGAAAAAGAUUUUCAAGUUGUGAUUUUGGUAGCCGUGAUUUUCAGAUACCUAACAUGAUGGAGAAGAGGACUGGACUUUUUGUUCUUCUGGUGGCUUCGGGUGCCUUGUGGACAGAAUGUGGUGCGACAGGGAGACCCGUGGUUGGGUAUCCAUUUAUGGAAGCUGAGUCGACUUGCCCUGGCAGAUAUUGUGGUCGGAUGUCCAAGGAAAAAGAAUGUGGUGCUUGCCCAAGAGGAUAUUCCCCUGACUCUGAGUCAGUUUGUCAGAGAUGUGAGAGUAGUCCUCAGUUCUAUGACUGGCUUUACCUUGGCUUCAUGGGGAUGGUGUCACUGGUCCUUCACUGGGGGUUCAUUGAUUUACUUUCCCCUCCUAAAAGAACUGUGCUUUUGCUUCAUCUAUCUGCGUUCAUAGAGACAGUGUUUGCUGCAUGGCUGACCUUAUUCCUGUCAGAACCUGCAGGUACCAUGAACAUUCGAUCCUGCUCCGUACAUCAAUUCAGCGAUUGGUACACGAUGUUCUUCAACCCCACACCAGAUUACUCCAACACCAUAUACUGCACGCAAGAGAUGGUAUACCCACUCUAUACCAUGGUGCUGAUUUACUACACGCUCUCCCUGGUGUUUAUGAUGCUGCUUCGACCUCUGUUCGCAUACAAACUGACAGGAUGUCAAGGGUCAAGAUCUAUUUAUGCUGCUCUGUAUUUCCUGCCCAUUCUGAUUUUCAUUCAUUCAAUAUUUGGAGGCAUAAUAUACUAUGCGUACCCGUACAUUACUGUGGUGGUGUCUGUCAUUACGAGCGCAUGCCAUCUGGCCACAGAGGAGGACCAGCGGAUGAAAGAGCUGUUGCGACACAGUUUCACCAACAUCCGCAGCCUGACCAUCCUGCUAGGCCACUGGGUGGUUCAUGCCUAUGGGAUUGUGGCCAUCACACAGCUGGGUCAGCCGUCGUUCCACGCUCCGCUCAUCGCCCUGGUACCGUUCCCCACACUGUUCUACAUCGUCACUGUUCGCUUCACAGACCCACACCUCAUAUUUCCUUACAGGACCAGCUCUCUUCAAGGAGUCUGACCCCGAGAAACAAUUUAUCUUGUUCAUAUUGAAUUGACUUUAUAUCUCCCCUUGAUGCCCACAGAUAUUACAGGUAUCAGCAUAAGGGGGAAGGGAAGUAAGUUUAUGGGCUGAGAGGAAAGAGCUCACAAGCUGCUUGAUCAACUGUUGGCUAUGGUUGUUAUGGACCAUCUUCCUCUCCCCCCCAUUCACCCCAAGUCAGUGGAUAUGGUCUUAAACAAAGAUCGUUAGAAUUCCCUGACGGAUGAGGGAAUCGUCAUGAAAGGAAACCUAGUCAGUGAUGAAAGAAAAUCAAGAUGAUGUUUCUGCCCUAGGGGUUGAUUGGAGAAAAAGUCCUAGUCUUUGAGAGAAAAUGUCUUAGACUGACACAACUUCCAGUAGGGCUUACUUGUUUUGAAUCAGACUCUGACUGAGCAAUAGCAUAAUUUUUGAAAACCCAAUCAGCAGAGACCCGCUGAUUUUAUUCAGUCACUUUGGUGAUAAAAGUAUUGCGAUUAUGCAACUUUCCAGGAAAUUCAGAAAGUUUGGAAUGUUCUAAAUUACUUUUGUUUCUUAAAAAUAGUUUUUCAUCCCAAUUUUGUCCAGAAUUAACAAAUGAAAAAACGAAACUUCUUUAUUGCAUCCUUACCAUCUUACAUGGUAAAAUUUCUGUAUAAAUGCAGGCCUACAAAAUAUCAAAAUACAUUCUUUUCUGGCCUACUCUUUCAAGUCUUCAUUCCAUUCCCCAAGGGUACAUAAAGUGUGGCAGCCUGCUAGCCUCUCAAGCACUACCAAUCUCUUAUUCUUAUUUCCAUUCUGUUCAGACAGAGCCGAUAUGGUAUGGUAUGACUAUGACAAAAGUGAUACAGCUUUAGAGAUUCUGGUGGUCCAGUGGUGCCUGACCUCAUUUUACAGAAAAUAUAGUCAUUUUGAGUAGCUGAGGGUGUCUGUGAAAUGAGUGAUGAAUGAGUGUCUGUGAGAUGAGCGAUAAAUGAGUGUCUGUGAGAUGAGUGAUAAAUGAGUGUCUGUGAGAUGAGUGAUAAAUGAAUGUCUAUGAGAUGAGUGAUAAAUUAAUGUCUGUGAGAUGAGUGAUAAAUGAGUGUCUGUGAGAUGAGUGAUAAAUUAAUGUCUGUGAUUUGACCGAGGGUGUCUGUUAGAUGAGUGAUAACUGAGCGUGUCUGUGGGCAAGACAUUUGGACCAUGGCCAGCACAAAUGGGUUUCCUCAAAAAUUGUCAAAAACCUGAUUAUUUUAUAAUGCAUUUAAAGCAAGAUCGAAUGCUUCGUCUCAAUAAAAUAAAUGGCGUAAAUAAUUCAAAGAAUAGAAAUGAAACAUGGACUAGAAGUUCACGAUAAAGCUUCUUCUGUGACAAAGGCUUUCUGGGAGAUGGGCCCAUCUGUGCCUGGCACCAUCAACGUGUUGGCAUAAUCCCUCGCUCUGAAGAAAAGUAACCUACACUGUGGCAGCCUGGUCCAAAGAUGUGCGUCUUGUGUUUUAUAAUUUAUUGAUGUGUCGUUUCAUUGUUUAAACAAAUAAAUAUCAGUUUCAGGACUUUGUGCAAUGAUCUGUAUGCCAUUGUUUUCAAUUGUCAGACAAGUUUUUGAAAAGGAUACAUAACUCAUCUUUCAAAAAUGCAUUGACUGGUAUUUCAGCAGUGAGAUUAAAAAAAAAUGUCAUUUCAUUUAAUUAAAUUAGUGACCUUGUUUGUAAAUAUCAAUUCCAUCUGUGUAAAUAUUAAAUAUGAACAAAAUACAUUGCCCUUAAUUAUGCAGUGGUCUCCGGCUAUUAGCACGUACCUUGGGUGACAAGACAAGCGUGCUCAUAUGCUAUUAUUGAUACUAUUAAGUAAAUUCCAAAGGGAAGUAAUGAAGAUCAAGUAUUCUGUUGAAUUUCUUUGAUUGAUGUGAACAGGUUGCAUCAGCUGCUCUCCAGUGAUAGGUUUUGUGUCAUUGAGCUGAGCUCACCCUGAGGUGUGAAGUUUUCCUUUGCUGAGCGAUGGCAGGAAACGAUCGUCAUUAUUACAGUACAGCCCUCUCACAUUGGCCACCCUCCACGUGUGGCUGAUCACUGGCAUUCCUCAUUGCACAAUUAUCACGCCAUGUCCUUAUAUAGAUGUCUUUUUCCUCUGAUAUAGAUUUCUUUUUCUCCCUGGCAGAGCUGCAAUUUCAUGCACAGGAUGGCAGAAUGUGGGAUUUGCUUCACUCCCGGUAGUUCCAAGCACUUAGGGGUUUAUGGCUGACAUGUUUUCUGACACCAGCACAAGAACAACCUUUCUUUUAGUUUUAGAUGGAUUGAUUGACUUAUUAGUUAUAAAUAAUUAAGAAAAUUUUGGUUCCAAAUGCUUCAAGUCCAACCAUAUUUUUAUCAGGCGUACUACAAGUCGGCGACCCUUUCUCUGUAUACAGUCCAGCAUGCACAUAACGAGCACUGAAAUAGCGAACCAAAUUUCAGGUCCGGAAUUUCAUACAUAAUGAAAAGAUUUCGGUGCCCCACCAAUUUCGCUAUGCGCAUGCUAAACAGUUUUCAAUUUAGAGCUAUUGCACAAACAGUAUGAGUAUGAGUGAACCUUCAGCUUUGCAGGGUGCAUGAGUGUGAAUUGUACCGUAUGCUUGACAUAUUUUACUGGCAUGUUUUCAUUUCAUUUCGCUAUACACUUUUAUGUAAGUUUGAAUGAUAUGUAUUAAGUCUCUUCUGUGAUUACUUUUUUUGAAUUGGCUGUAUACUUACUUGAAUAAAGUAUUAAAAUGAGAACAAAAGAC